AUGUUUCAUUUGCUUCUUUUUGCUCAUCCCUUUCUCCCCCCAGACUUGGUUUAAUCUUUGUGGUUAACGACUCUGAAGAUGUUGAUGGGAUGCAAGAUGCUGGAGUGGCUAUUCUGAGAGCGUAUAACUAUGUUGCACAAGAAGUGGAUGAUUAUCAUGCCUUCCAAAUUCUGACACAUAUGUAUAACAAAGUAAGGACUGGAGAAAGAGUGAAAGUUGAACAUGUGGUCACUGUCCUGGAGAAGAAAUAUCCAUAUGUGGAAGUGAAUAGCAUUUUGGGAAUUGACUCUGCUUAUGAUCAGAAUCGGAAGGAAGCAAGAAGUUACUAUGAGCAGACUGGAGUUGGUCCACUACCUGUUGUCCUAUUCAAUGGAAUGCCCUUUGAAAAGGAGCAGCUAGACCCUGAUGAGUUGGAAACCAUUACAAUGCACAAAAUCCUAGAGACCACAACUUUCUUUCAGAGAGCAGUGUACUUGGUAAGCAGUGUUUCAGAGUUCGAAAGAUUUUGAAAGAGAAUGGUUUGCUACAUUUUUGUGGUCUCUGUAUUAGGCAGUAAAAUUCUUUUAAGUAUCACUGUUUUCUGUACCACUCUCAACUGAUUUGUAGACUCCCAGCAAAUUCUGGGAGUGGAAAUAUUCAUGAGACUUCUGUACAUUGUUUUUGAAAUAACUUAUUGGCUUUAAGAUUAAAUUUUAUACUAAAAAUUCUGAAGAACUUAACCAUUCUAAGAAACAUUUAUUCUGCUUCUAAGUAAUUUUGACAUAGAGAAAUUAAAAUAUGCCAUAUGUGUGUAGUUAUUGUUGACAUAUAACUUAUGUGCCAUAAAAGUCAACCUUUUAAGGUGGACAUGUGGUAGGUUUUAGUAUAUACACAGAAUUAUGCAGUUGUCACCAUUGUCUAAUUUCAGAGCAUUAUCACCCCUAGAAUAAACCUGACACCCAGUAGCAAUUGCUUCCCAUUAUCCCCUACCCUACCUCCUGGCAACCAUCAAUCUGUUUUCAGUCUGUGUGGAUUUGUCUAUUUGGAUAGCUUAUAUAAAGGGAUUCAUGUAAUAUAUGGUCUUUUGUGAUUAAUUU